AUGCUCGUAGGCCUAGAUUAUUAAUAAUACUAUGAAGAAGCUAGAUAUGUUGUAGCUGGUUUAUAUAUUUUGAGUUCUUUAAUUUUACUAAGCAAUUGCAAAAUAGUUCCUUUUUUAGUAACUUUAGGAAUUAUAGCAAACACAGUUUUAUAAACUUUGCCAACUUUACUUGAAAAUAACUAAGAUUAAAAUGCACUUGCAACGGUUUUAAAAAAUGUUUCUAUUAUAGCUGGUCUUUUUUAUCUUAUGGGUAGCUCUUCUUCAAGCUGCAGAAAUAAAAAAGUAAAAUAAGAUUGA